AUGAAUUCUCCAUGCGAAUGUGUUAGGUUCAUGAACCAGGUUAAUGAUCCGAGAGACUGUGGCCUAUUUCAUUACAUCGUCAAUGUCGUACCAGAACAGAUGAUCUAUGUGUGAUACAGAAUGGCUUUGUCAACCGACCAGGAAAACAAAAUGACCGACCUGGAGAAAGAACCCUUCAAGGACCCCCACUACGUCGAGGAUGGGGCAACUGCAACGUUCUCUGAAAGUAACCCGGAUUCCAGUGACGAAAACAAGCAACGUGGAAACUGGGGGAAAGAGAUUGACUUCUUCUUCUCGUGUAUUGGAUAUGCUGUUGGGCUUGGGAAUAUUUGGAGGUUUCCUUAUCUCUGUAUGAGAAAUGGAGGAGGCGCCUUCUUGAUACCCUAUUUCUUUUUUCUUGUCAUCGGGGGUGUACCUUUGUUCUUCAUCGAGCUGUAUAUAGGGCAGUUCUCAAGCCGCAGUCCGCUGGCUGUCUGGGAUAUGUGCCCGCUUUUCAAGGGCACCGGGUGGGGUAUGACCAUUGUCUCACUGUUCUUCAGUAUCUACUACCAAGUGAUAGUCACCUGGGUGAUCUACUACCUUGGCAUGUCCUUCCAGAAUCCGCUACCCUGGUCACACUGUAACAACGAGUGGAAUACACCAAACUGCAGCAAGAGAGGGGAAAAUAGGACUACCUUCAACGACACCUCAUUUUUCAAUUAUUCUAAUUUUAAUAGCUCAAUAGUGCAGUAUGCAGUCUCUACGCCUGCUGCUGGGAGUCUUGCCAACGAUAGUGCCUUAAACAGAAGCGCAAAUGUGAUGACGCCAGCGGAGGAGUUCUGGCAAUAUAAUGCUCUAGAGAUGAGCAGUGGCAUUGACAGCACAGGUGGUCUACGUUGGCAGCUGGUUGUCUGUCAUCUCGUCGGUUGGCUGGUCGUGUUCCUUUGUGUUAUAAAAGGCAUAAAAACCUCAGGAAAGGUCGUUUAUGUGACGGCAACUGUGCCUUAUGUCUUCCUAGUCAUCCUUCUGAUCCGCGGAUGCACCCUCCCAGGUGCUACUGAGGGGAUUAUUUAUUACAUUAAGCCUGACUUUAGUAAACUGCUGGAAUUUAGGAUAUGGGCUGAGGCGUGUUUACAGAUUUUCUAUUCAUUGGGCACAGCUUGGGGAGGCCUGAUAACGAUGGCCAGUUACAAUACGUUUCAUCACAACUUUUAUAGAGACGCAAUAACCGUCCCCAUAAUUAACUGUCUCACGAGUUUCACAGCUGGAUUCGUGGUGUUCUCUGUCAUCGGGUUCAUGGCGAAAGAAGCCGGUGUACCAGUGAAAGAUGCGAUAACCUCAGGUCCAGGACUAGCGUUCAUAGCUUAUCCUGAAGCCAUAUCUCAGCUACCAUUUUCACCCGCGUGGGCCGUGUUAUUCUUUGUGAUGCUGCUCACAAUAGGCUUGGACACACAGUUCGCCACUUUCGAGACCCUGGUUAGUGGCAUCGUUGAUAGAUUCAGGGCUUUCCGCGGAAAGAAGUUCCUCGUGAUGAUUGGUGUUGGAUCAUUUGAAGCGCUCAUCGGACUCGUGUUCAUGACGAGGGCGGGUAUCUAUCACUUCCAGAUCUGGGACUGGUACUCAGGAGCAUUCAGCGUUAUGAUAUUUGCCGUGUUAGAAUGUUUGGUACUGUCUUAUAUUUACGGUGGCAAACGACUCUUCUAUGAGAUUGAGAUGAUGAUUGGUUACCGGCCGAACUUUGGUUGGAGGAUCCUUCUUGGAGGAGUUACGCCAGCCAGCAUGUUCGUCUGCUUGGCUUACGCCACCAUGACCUUCAGCUCCCCAAAUUACGGGGAAUACUUCUACCCCGAGUGGGCCAAGAUAAUGGGCUGGAUGCUGGCCGUCUUCUCAAUCCUCCCUAUACCUGGAUUCUUCAUUUACGAACUUGUCAGAACUAAGGGGUCACCACUUGAGAGGCUAAAGCAUUCCGUUCGACCUGCAGCUGGAUGGGGCCCAGCCAUUGAUAAAAAUAGGAAGGGUUACAUAUACGACUUAGUCGACAGCGUGGAGCUCACAGAAAUGGCCUGAGGAUUAGAAAUCUGAUAAAGUUUCGUGAAUAAGCUGUGUUCUCACUGAAUCCGAUCUGAAGUCGUUCUCCGUAAAACGUCCGACGGAAAAUGUUUUAGCAAAAACGCACAGGCCACACUAGAUUUUAAAAGCGUUCUCAAAGCGUCUUCGAAACGUUUUGAGCGGGUCACA